GUUCAGCUUCGGCAAAGUGCUUCAUAUUGACAGCCUUUUCACCUUCCUGGAGUGUAUGGGAAUAGACGUGUAAAAUGAAGCUGAACGUAUCGUUUCCGGCAACGGGGGCCCAAAAAACCUUCGACAUCCCGUCGGAUGACCAUAAACUGCGAAACUUCUUCGAGAAGCGUAUGGGCACUGAGCUCGUCGCUGACUUCUUGGGUGACGAAUGGAAGGGCUACGUGGUCAAGAUUGCCGGUGGCAACGACAAGCAGGGAUUCCCGAUGAAGCAGGGCGUGCUGACGGCCACCCGUGUUCGUCUGCUGCUGAAGAAGGGACACUCCUGUUACCGUCCGCGUCGUACCGGCGAGCGUAAGCGCAAGUCGGUGCGUGGUUGCAUUGUUGACCAGAACUUGUCCGCUCUGGCGCUGAUCAUCGUACGCAAGGGAGAGAAGGACAUUCCCGGACUGACCGAUACGCAGGUGCCGCGCCGACUUGGCCCGAAGCGUGCUAGCAACAUCCGCAAGCUGUACAACCUCACCAAGGAGGAUGAUGUGCGCCAGUUCGUGGUAAAGCGGCCACUGCCGGCCAAGGAGGGUAAGAAGCCUCGCCACAAGGCGCCGAAGAUCCAGCGUCUGAUCACACCGGUGGUGCUGCAGCGCAAGAGACACCGUCUUCUGAUCAAGAAACGCCGCUCGGAGUCGCGUCGUGAGGCCGAGGCCGAGUACGUUCGCAUCUUGGCUCUGCGUCGUCGGCAGGAGCGCGUCCGACGCCGGUCGCGCCUGUCGUCGAUGCGCGACUCGCGCAGCUCCAUCACGUCCGAGAAGGACAAGAAGGAGCUGGCAGCCGCGAAGAAGAAGGAAGCAGCCACCAAGAAGGAGGCCGCCAAGAAGGAGACCGUCGCUGCCCCCAAGAAGGACGCAGCGGCACCGGCCAAGAAGGAAGGCGGCAAGAAGGACGCUGCCAAGAAGGACGUUUCGAAGAAGGAUGCUGUGAAGAAGGACGCUUCCAAGAAAGAUGGCACGAAGAAAGAUGCCACGAAAAAGGAUGCCACCAAGAAAGAGGCAACCGCUAAGAAGGACGUAAAGAAGCCGGCCAGCAGCAGCGGCAAGAAGGAGGAGAAGAAGCCGGCAGCAGCGGCCACGGCCACCAGUGGCAAGAAGGCUGCAGCGCCGAGCGCCGCGAAACCGGAAGCGAAGAAGGUGGCAGCCCCGAAGACCGAGGGCAAGAAGCCGGCACCCAAGAAGGAUGCACCGGCCGCUGCGGAGAAAAAGGAAGCCCCGAAGCGCAAGCCGGAACCGGCCCCCAAGGGUGAGGCCAGUGCGGCCAAGAAAGAGAAGAAGCAGCAGCAACAGAAGAAAAAGUAGGCGAUGCGAUCUGGUCGGGGGAGGAGAAUGGCUACGGUAGGGCGCGCUCCGCACUGAUUCCUGGCGUCCGAAACCUGUGCCCCGGUUUCUUUCCGGGGCUCGCUCGUAGGCGUUUUGUAAUUUAAUCGUAAAGGAUAAAAAGAAAAACACAAUACAAAGGUUAAGAUAAAGGAAUCGGUAA